AUGAAGCUCGUGCGGGCACCCAGGUGCAUUAAUUGCUUCGUGGAGUUCACAGACCUCGCCUCAGCCAUGGCAGUGCACCACUCCUUGCAGGGCGCCAUCCUGCAGAGCUCGGACAGGGGCGGCAUCCGCAUCCAGUACUCAAAGAACCCAUUUGGAAAGAAACGGGACGCCUCGGGCAACCUGGUGGACCUCCGGAACCACGUGGCCAGCCAGCUGGCGGAGCUAGACGCCGCCACCAACUCUGCGGGCGUCACUGUGACGGACUUCAUCAACAACUGCGCCACGAACAACAACGGCGCCAGUGCUGCCACUGCUGCUGCAGACCCCGGCAGCCACAGCACCAACGGCGCCGAUGCCCAAAACGAAGCUGCCACCACGUGA